AUGUCGAUCCCCAUUGAUUACGAGAUUCUGAAUAACGCCUUUCCGAGCCCAGGGGGCCUCAUGCCAAUUACCAUCGAUCCAGAGCUCCUGAGUGAGAUCUUUCCAAGCCCACAGACCUUGACGUCGAUUCCGGUUGAUCCCGAGAUUCUGGAUGAUGCCCUUCCAAGCUCAGAGAGGCCAGAGGAGACGGCAAGAAAAGCCCUCGCAAUGUUGGCUCAAAACAGCACACCUCCACAAAUUGUGAUCACUACGAGCGCAGGCUCUUCCUCGAACAGUACAUCGCCCAUCCUCAAGCUCCGGUCUAAACACCUUCUCCACCUCACCAGACACCUGGCCUUCCAAGACAUCCUAAGUCUGAUAAAAACCUGCAAGUACAUUUACGAGGCUAUCAAAGGCGCUACUGUUGAACGAGUCCACUGGGCGCCUGGCAAAGAGUAUCCUACUGUAUUCUCGCCGGACGAUUUGAUCAAAGUGGUAAAUGGUGGGUUUCUUGCGAACAUUACACUUGCACCGAAGCCAGCGAGCUAUAGCGGUUUCCCAGUACCAGGGCCUCACGCCGAGCAUGUGAUGAAGCUCUAUAUGGGAGCGUUUUGCCAGGCCAACUGCGACCAUACUGCAGCCUGCGGUCUCAGCUACAGACUUUUCCGACAGCUGAUUGGCCUCAAAGAUCUGACCAUCAAUAUGGAUCUCUUCAAGGGACACUUCGACGCCUUGAUACUCCCCGUGGGGCUCUUGACCCUACGAUUGUAUGAGGAUAGGUACAGUCUCACUCGGAAGAAGGUCUGUCAGACAUUGAGCCACAUCCGCCAUGCAAAACUUCGCCAUUUGAGCCUCACAAACAUCAAUCUACGCCAGUGGACCACGCAUGACCUUGAUCUCCGUGUCGUCUCCAUUGGAAACGCACUGAACUUUCCGGCGCUUGAAACAUUGGCAUUGCACAACGUGAGUGGCAGAAUGUCUGUGCUCUGGGCCUUAUUCAACGUCUGGAGGAAUGCAAAGAAGUUGUGGUUCGAUCAUGAUCUGAAAUUCCCCGGCAUAGUGAACCCCGACCCAAACGACCGCUUCGACUUCGCCAGAUUUCCAGACGUCUUACUGCCACUCAAAGACACACUGGUCGAGUUGUAUCUGACACACGUACCUGAAGAUCAUCCAAAUGUUCUGAUUCCAAACUCAUUUCCCGGUUUGAUUCGCCAUCUCCACGACUUCUCAAACUUGAAGCGCCUGUCAAUCGACCCAGCUCUGUUUAUUGGCAUCCACGUCUGUCCCCGAUUCCCUCUUCCUCUCACGGGCCUUUUCCGCGGAACUGGAGCCUUUGCAGGUGUACUACCGACCCAACUGGAGGUAUUGGCAUUGAUCAUCAACCGAGAGCAAGUGCAGCGAGUGGCGCUGCCCGCCUACCGAUCAGAACUCGUUGAGUGCAUCCUUGGUCCUCGCAGACAGGAGAUGGCAUUCAUGAAUUUGAAGAGACUGGAUCUCGUCGAAGAUAUCUAUUAUGCGCCAGGCAAGAAGUGUAAGACAACUUAG